GCCAAACCAAACGGCCCCCUCAUCACUUUUCGUUAUUAAGUAGCUGCAUUAUUAAUAUUUUUAAAAAUAUAUUUGCACCGUUGUACUAAAAAAAAAAUACUACCGAUCAUCAUAGUAUAUAAAAACCAUCUCUCUACUCCCUCUUCAUUUACAACUUCAACUCAUUCAUUCAUGCGCAUCUUUCUUCUCAUCUGAGCUCUGCAUUUGAAGUUCUUCAUCUUCGUCUUUUUUUCUUCUUUCGUCCCCAAUUUGCCCGUUCUUUCUUGCUACUUUUAGAUCGCUUGAUCCUUAUAUAGUUGUACAUCUACAUGCUUUUUUCACUACUAUCAUUCCAUUGAUCCUUAUAUAGUUUGAUUUAAGCUGGAUUUCUCCAUUAAUCUCAUCACUCCUUAACUCCACAUUUAUAAAAACCUGCCCAUUAUGUAACUUGAUCUUCUUCGUCUUUUUGUGCCUUACAUCCGAGGAAAAAAAAACAAAAAAAAAAAAAGUAGAUUUGUUAUUGUUUUUGAUGUCUUCCUAGCUGAAUUUCUUUUUGAUUUAGAGUAUCUUCGAUCUGGAUACAAUUCAAACCCUUCUCGUGUAAACACACCUUUAUAAAAACCUUCAAAUCAUGUAAUUAAGGUCAGCCUUUACAUAUUCCGAUCCCCUCAGAUCGUUUCUCUAGUCUAGUAUCAAAAAAACAAAAAAAACAAAAAAAAAAAAACCCAAAAAAAGAAGAAGGGCAGUAUCAAGUUGGGAAGAAUGGAAGAUUCGGAGGCCGGAACUCCGAGAGGAACGGCGCCGGCAACGCCGGGGACGCCAACGCCGUUGUUCUCUUCAUUCCGAGUGGACUCAUCACUGUCGUAUGAACGGAAGUCAAUGCCACGUUGCAAGUGCCUGCCGCUGGACGCGCCAUCCUGGGGUGCACCUCACACGUGCCUCGCCGACUUCCCCGCCCCGGAUGUCUCCCUCACACGCAAGCUGGGAGCUGAGUUCGUGGGAACCUUCAUCCUGAUAUUUGCCGCAACGGCAGCCCCGAUCGUGAACCAAAAGUACAACGGAGCCGAAACCCUGAUCGGCAACGCCGCCUCGGCGGGGCUGGCGGUGAUGAUCGUCAUAUUAUCGACCGGACACAUCUCCGGAGCUCACCUGAAUCCGUCUCUGACCAUCGCCUUCGCGGCGCUCCGCCACUUCCCCUGGGCCCAAGUCCCUGCUUACAUUGCGGCUCAGGUUUCCGCAUCCAUUUGCGCUUCCUUUGCCCUCAAAGGCGUCUUCCACCCUUUCAUGUCCGGCGGCGUCACGGUUCCCUCCGUCAGCACCGGACAGGCUUUCGCGCUUGAGUUCCUCAUUACUUUCAACCUCCUGUUUGUCGUCACGGCAGUCGCCACCGACACCCGGGCGGUGGGCGAGCUGGCUGGUAUUGCUGUCGGAGCUACUGUUAUGCUCAACAUUCUCGUCGCAGGGUAAGUUCAACCAACCAACUGCACUCAAAUAUUUUUCUAUUUCUUAUAACAUCGCCUUUCUUCAUAUUAAAAUGCAUCUCUUUUAGUUUUUAAUAUAUAGAUCACAUAUUAUGUAAUUUGUAUCUGUCCCCGUAAAAUGAUCAUUUUGUUGAAUUAAAAAAGCAGUAAAUUACUCAUUCAGUUCCAGAAAAAUAUUUACAUUGAAUUUUAAAAUUUAUACUAAAAAUAAUAAAAAUUUCAACAUUUUUUUUGUAAAUUAGAAAAAUUAUAGUUUUGGGACUAAAAGAGUAAUAAAUAGAAUGAGUGUUUUCUUUUCCUCGGAGAAAGGAGGGAUUACAUUGACAGUUUUGGUGAUUUGUUAGUGACUAAAAUUUUGAAAUAAGUGUAUGGUGUCAGCGAGAUCUUAUUGCACGUGUAAUGAUGAGCAACUUCUGUACAUUAUAUAAACACUGUAUAAACUGAAAUCAUGAUUCAUGAUAAGAUGCAUAAUGCACAUAUAGAUGGUUCAUUUUCUACUUUCUAACGAGAAAAAAAAAAGUAAGGGGCCAAAAGUGAUUAAUUAGUUAUAGCCUCUCAUUUUAUUUCUUUUUUCGGUGUUUAAGAAGAAAUCUUGAAAAGCAAAAAGUGCCAAUAUAAAAAUAUUCCACUAUGGAUGGUUAAACGAUGGAGUAGCUUGAAACCCACCAUAAAGUGUGCUAAACUUGAAUAUAUUGGUCCACCACUCCACAUGCCACUAAUAAUACAACUCUAGUUUGAAAAUUGAAGUUAAAAAACAAAGAACAAGUGAUAAUGAUACGAUAGUCUAGUUUUGUCCAAGAUGUGAUAGUAGGAGAAAUUUUUGUUGUGAGAUGAAUUUUUGUGAGUAUAUUUAUACACAUGUCUAAUAAUAUAGUGUAAGACCAAUUAUAAUAUUUAAAAAGUAUGUUAGCGCUAGUUUUUUCCGAUUGGUGUUAUGAAAGAAGCAAAAACUUAACAUUGAUCUAUUUAUGUUACGUAAAUAGGAAAAUUGCGUUGGAUUCCAUCUGCCGAAAUAUAAUUUAAGUGACACUUUUUUUUUUCAGUUUCUUCUACUAUAAUUGAUUAUCGUUUUUUUAUGAUAGUAAUUAUAAGAAAAUAUGAUGGUCUGGGUUAGAGAUUCAAUCACAAUGCAUUAUUAUAUUUGUUGAGAUCAUUUUGUUUGUGAAGUGUAUUAUUUGAUGAGAUUCGUUUGGUGGUCUCGUCUCCUCCCUACUAUAUUUAGGCCGUCGAGUGGAGGUUCAAUGAAUCCCGUGAGGACACUGGGCCCCGCAGUCGCAGCUGGAAACUACAAGUCAAUUUGGGUGUACCUGGUGGCCCCCACCCUCGGGGCCCUAGCCGGAGCAACCGUAUACACCGUCGUCAAACUCCAGGACGAACCCGUCGCCGCCGGUGAAACUCCUCGCCAGGUCCGCAGCUUCCGCCGCUGAACGCCGACGCCUUCGCCGGCAACCGUUCAGAAGGAAGAAUCGUGGUUGUGAAAAUAUAUUACUCUCUCUGUCUCAUAAUUAUUGUCUAGUUUGGGUUCUCACUUUUAAUAUAAUUUGUACUAGAAAUGAAAACUCAAAGUGGACAAUGAUUUUGGGACGGAGGGAGUAAUAUUUAAAAAAGAGUGUGCUUUUUUUUCAAAUAAAGGAUGUGCAUAUAUUUGUGCAUGAUGAAAUUUGGGUAAGGAAGAAAGAUUAUGGACGUGACUGUUUGCUUUCUUCUUUCUUUAUUCGAUUUUCUUUUGUGUGGUGAUUGAUGGUUUGGUGAUUUGAUGAUGAUCCCCAGAUGUCUGGAUCAUGAAUGUUGUAUUUUUGUUACUACUACUUUUUUUUUUUUUUUGUAAAAUGAUUGUCGCCCCACUUUUGGUGGUUUGUAAUUUGCGCAAGCAGAGACAGUGUUGUGAUGUAUAAUGCUUGUUGCUUUUGAACAUUUGUGAAUAAAGGAAAUGUCAUGUGUGUAUUGUGUGUAUUUUUUGGGCGCAUAAUUUAUAUUUUUGGUACUCAUACGCUCCUCC